AUUUGUGUCAUUUGUCUUUGCAUCUCCUGGACCUUUACCUUUGCGUUUGGCUCUGCCUUAAAACUGUCGUCCCCCAAUUGCGUUCCUGCACGUUGCUUCUGGUGGUAUGAUGGUGGUUGUUUUUCUUCCAAUGCCUCCCAAUCUGCAAUGAACCGUACACGUAGUUCCAAAACGGCAUGUGGAAAAGCCGCAUCUCUUGGCAUAGCGAAACUCAUCGUGGAAGGGCGCGGGCCUCCCAAUUCAUGGAUGUAUUUGGCUCCAUUUUUACCAUCAGUAUGCCGUUUUCGAGUGUAA